AUGGGUGGACCACCGCCAGCACCAACUCCACUUUUGCCAUCAUUAAACCAGCAACCAACACAUUCGAUAGGAACAUUUGGUAAUGGAAGUAAUGGAGUUCCCUUGCACAUCCAAGGAAAUGUUCCUCCAAAUGGCCCCAACAAUAAUAUCCAAACUGGUCAGAUUGAUGAUGCUUAUUGGCAUUGGCAAGAUCCAAAUAGUCAGCUACGCAAAUGGAAACAUGAUACUGGCAUAGCUAUUUGGGGAGACCCAAUAAAGCAGGCUAAUAUGCCAAUUAAGCGUUGGACAAAUUUUACAACUGAUGAAGUUGUAACUGAAGUUAUGCCUGGAGUAGAAUCUACUUUCAAUCAGGGCUGCCGCCAGAAUCAUCCGAUGGGUGGGGCUUAA